GAUCAGACAAUUAACCUGAUUUAAUCCACGAAAAUGAAUGAUCACCCUCAGGGAAGAGGGAGAAAAAGGAAAGCAGAAAGUAACAAAUCUGCAACAAAGAUGAAUGUAAAUGACAAAAGUGAAAAUUAUUUGACUGCUAAAAGGAAGAAGAAAGUCAGUUGUAAGAAUGAGGAACAUAAUAGGCAAGAGAAAAUGAAACCAUCGUUUGAGAAGAAACAUAAAAAGUCAUCCACUACUGUUAUUGAAAAAAGAUCUAACUCACAGUCAGAUAAGGUAAAUGACAAAGAGAAAGAAUCGGUUGUGAUGGAGUUAGAAACAAAUAUACUGCAGGAGGACACUACCGUGGACAUGUCUGAAAAAUAUCUACGAGACAAGAACGAGUCAGAAGAGCUGAAUUUAACAGCUGAAAUUGCUUCCAAAGAUUCUACCAUCUGCAAAGUUGAGGAUAUGCUAAGGAUGUCACACAUGGAAGACACUGCAGAAUAUAAUCCACUGGAUAAUAUCACAGAAAGCAUCAUUCCAGUUGAAUCCUGUGAACAACCUGAUGAAGAUGUUGCUGAGAUUCCAGUGAUUUUAAAAGAAUCUACAGAUGCUGAUGUUGAUUCAGGUGUUGAUACUAAAACUAAAGAUGCGUCAAAGAACAAGGUUGAUACGUCAAAGCAGACUAAACCAGUUUCUCCAAAUACUGGCUUGAAUUCCAUCCUGACUAAACAUAAGGAUCACGAAACAGGUUGUCUGUGUCACAGCUUGAAUAGAAAUUUGAUUCCUGAUCCAGAUGAUGAAGAAAAGGAGAUAAGCAUGUUGGAAACUGAUGCAGAGUCUGAUUAUAAUAUGUUAUUAUGUGACAUGGAGAAAACAAUACAGUCUUUGGUAUGUCCUGACAUAGAUUCAAGUUCUAAAGUUGAACCACGUAGUAAUGGACAAAAGCAAAUAGAUGCUGAUUGUUUGGAAAUGGACCAGAUGCCAACUGUUGUCCCAGACCAAGAUGAAAAUAAAAACACAGCAGUUCAUUGCUUGGAAACAGAACUAAUGUCUACUCCUGUCCCAGAUCAUGAUAUGGAACACAAAAUCACAUCUCAGCAAAUGGAAACUAAACCAACACCACUUUUUAUUUCACGAGAAGAUGACCAAGAAAGAAAAGCUCCCCAGUGUUUGGAAGCAGAUCCAUCAUCUGCCAUUGUCCCAUACAUAGAUGAAGCACCAAAAACAUGUUCCCAGUUUUUAGUAACAGACUCAACAUCCAUUCAUAUUCCACAAAGAGAUGAAGAAAAGAAAACAGCCUCUAUGUGUUCAGACAGCCACACGAGUGAGACAAAAGCAAAUACUUCAAGAACAGAACAGUCCACUACAGAUGAAGAGAGUAAGCCAAAUCUAAACACAAAUACCAUACCAAUGGCUGAAGACAUGAUUGAAGAGAAGGAGUCAAGUUCUUUGUGUCAAAACAUUGUUUCAUUGAUCAACCCAAAGCAGAAUGUUCAUCUAGAAGCUGAUGAUUUAGCAAAUAAUGAAACAUCCUGUGAUCUAAUAACAAGGUCAAAGCCUAUACCACUACAGCAGUCGGAUUCUGGUAGUUCUUUGCAAAAAGACCAGGGUCCUAACCAGGAGCUUGCUGAGUCUGAGGGAAUUACCAGAUAUACCAAAGAUUUUGAAAAUGAUAACGGUAACAAAGAAAAAAAUACUUCAACAGAUAAAAAUACCUCUUUUGAUGGGGUUUCCAAAUGCUCAGAGAAGGUCCCCCAAAUGGAAUCAUCUGUGACAUCUGUCAGUACAGUCAAAGAAAAUCUGAGCAUCAGUGGGAAUUUCAGCAUUCUGUUGGAAGAUCCUUGCCCUCCAUAUGAAGAUAGAAAGGGUGUAGAAGCCUUACAAGAUAAAUCUAAAACUAAUUUUGACAGCUGUAUAAUUCAGUCUGAACACAACUUGAAAACCAAUAUAGCUGAGCUUAAGGAGUUACGGGUAGAAACUGAUUUAGAUCUAAAGCUCAAGGAAUCCAAAAAUGGUUCCAAUUUAGAUCUAAAGCUCAACGAAUGGAAGAAUGUAUCUGAUUUUGAUCUAAAUCUCAAGGAAUCGAAGAAUGUAUCUUAUUUAGAUUUAAAGCUCAAGGACUCCAUGGAAUUACCAGAUUUUGAUCUAAACCUCAUAGAUUCCAAGGAUGCAUCUGAUUUAGAUCUAAAGCUCAAGGACCCCAAGGAUGCAUCUGAUUUAGAUCUAAAGCUCAAGGACUCCAAGGAUGCAUCUGAUUUAGAUCUAAAGCUCGAGGACUGUAAGGGUGCAUCUGACUUAGAUCUAAAGCUCAAGGACUGUCAGGGUGCAUCUGACUUAGAUCUAAAGCUUGAAGACACCAAGGCUGUAUCAGAUUUAGAUAUAACGCUCAAGGACUCCAAGGUAGUGAUAGGUGAUCAACAAAACAACCAAAGUAGUAAGUUAAUCACAGAAAUAUGUUUACCUGUCGAUCAAGUCUUAUCAUCUGAGAAAUCCACAUCAUGCUUCUUGGACCUGGCUAAAGUAGAGACAGUGCAAUAUACAUUGGAUGAUACAGAUCUAUCUGACUCGCAGCUGUGUAAAAUAGACCUAGAAGAAUCACAAAGUUGCCUGAAAUCCAUUACUAUACGAAGGAAACAGGAGGAAGAAGGCCGGAAGGUGGUUCAGGGGCUCAUUCAUGAUAUGCAGUAUCUAAAUAAGCUGCUGUUGAAGACGAAGAGAGAGAUAGACACAGCUCUCAGAAAAAAACAGCAACAACUGCCUCAGAUGUGGAAGUCGAACGCACAGAACUAUGGACAGCCCACCCGCAAGUUUUAAAAAGUUUUAGAAAGUUAAACCCACAGAAUUAUAGACAGCCCACACAAAAGGUUUAGGAAGUCAAACCCACAGAUAUAUGUACAGCCCACACAAAAAGGUGAGAAAGCCUAAUACACAGAUUUAUGAACUACCCACGCACAUGUUUUAGGAAGUCAAACCCACAGAUUUAUGGACAGCAAGUUUUAGAAAGUCUUUAACAUACAGAAUUACGGACAGUCCACACACAAGUUUUAGAAAGUCAAACCCACAGAUUUAUGGACAGCAAGUUUUAGAAACUCUUUAACAUACAGAUCUAUGGAUAACCCACACGCAACAUGCAAGUAAUGGGGAAGUCAAAACCAUAGACAACCCACAACCCAAAGAAUUAUGGAUACCUCACAUACAAGUUUUAGAAAAAUAGGGCCCAAAUAAAAUAAAUACUCGAUUUUUAACCCUGCUUGUUCUGAGGAUAAAGGCCUAUUCCAUCUUUUUUUUUUACCAAAAACAAAUGUACCCAACAUGCAAUAUUUUUUGGUGUUCCAAAAAUAUAAAAUAAAAUAAUAAAAUUUUACCCCUGCCCCAAUUUGAAUUUUUUUUAAAAAUAAAACUAGCAUUUAUUAUAUUACGACCUAAUGCACAAUUUGUGAACAAUCAGGAUGCACAUAGCUUUAAGGGAUAUAAUUCCAUAUGUAAUGUGGACAAUACACAUGCAAGUUUUAGGAACAGAAUACAGAAUCCAAAUGCAAAUUUCAAGAUCCUAAAGUCUUUUGAAGUGUGAAAUCCCAAAUAUCACAUACAUGUUUUAGAAAAUCAUACAUCCCCGAAAUGUGGAAAGCUCGCAUAAAAGUCUGAGGAAAACAAACCAACAGAAUUGUGUGGAACAACCUUUACCUAAGUUUCAUAAAUGAAGCCCCAUGGCUGACAUCAGGGUUUCUGCCAGAGGGUAAAACGGGCAUGGCGCCAUACCCAAUUUUUUGGGCAGAUUUUAUUUUUUAAAGUUAACUUAUUGACAAAAUCAAUUAAUCUUAUUGUUACUGUAUGAUUUUCUUAACCCUAACCCUAAACUUAACCCAUUUUUGUUCUGUGAGAGGCCCCCCAUAGCCCUUGUUGACUGUGGUUGCAUUCAAUUCCAUAGCACCAUACUCCAAAAUUUCUUUCUGGCAGAAACACUGACAGGCUGUGGACUUGUAUAUCAAGGCUUUGAACAUGAUUGACUAUUGUGAUUAAUUGAUGGCCAGACUUUUUAUAUUUAUAUAUAUACAUUCACUGGAUUUUUUUCAGGCAUAUGUUUUCUACAUGUCAGUGCACAUUUGGAAAAAGAAAUGUAAAACACAGUUUCUUAUUUAAUGCCAGAAAACAUGCAUACCCACAUGCAUGGACACACGCAUGCAUGCACACACGUGCACACACACAUUUAAGUGACAGAUCCUAGUUUUUAAACACUACGACAUAUUUUUCACUAUUAGAACCGAUUUUGAUAAUUUAAAUUAGAAGUACUUACAUUUUAUUAUUUAGAAUAUUCAUUUUUGUACACCUGAAUUGGUUCUGGUCGUCCAGGUUUUUAUAAUACCCCGAAAUGCAUUUCUCAUAGUUCUAAAAAUGCACGUUCAUCUGAAAAGUAAUGGUUAUUGAUACAAUCUCUGUUAUUUUUAGACAGUAUUUCCCCAUUUAAACAAUUAACAACUAACCUACUGUCCUGGACAGACAGCCUAGAUAGCUGAGGUGUGUACCCAGAACAGCGAGCUUGAACCUUAAUUGAAUAUAAACACGAAAAUAAGUUAAAAUGAAAUAAAAAUUACUUUAUUGUAGACAGUCUGAGUGUAUAUAUAUAUAUUUGACCCCAACAUUUUAUCAAGCACUACAACACUUCUGUUCAGAUGAAAAUAAAUAUUACUGAUUAUUCAUUUGUGGAUACCUCCAUUAAAUUUGAAACAUCAAUAAUUUACAAAUUGUCACCAUCAUGUACAGUAUAAGGUCAACCUAUUCAUUAUUUAUGAAAGAUUUCAAAAGUCGAGACAUCAGAAUUGAUUUUUGCUAAAUGGUUUUAGCUGAUUAUAUAUUCAGAAGUCUCAAUCUUCUACGGACUUUCAUUUGAUGAGGGGUGGGACAUAGUCCAGUGGUAAACACUUGCCUGGUGUGUGGUUGGCAUAGAUUUGAUUCCAGACGAUGGACCCAUUGGGCUAUAUCUCUUUCAAGCCAGCACUUGUGUAACAAAAGUUGUGGAAUGUACCAUAGCCCAUUGUCUGGUGGAGGGGGGGGGGGGGGGG